GACAGAGCAGGCAGAGAAGCACAGCAAGAAGCCAAGAUGGAGUCACCCCAUAGACCCAGGCCUGGAACAGAGGCCCCAUCCUUGUUGCGGACCUACAGGUGGCAGACAGUUCCCCAGAAUGGGGAGAAGGUGCCAGAGUCAAGUCCUCAUGAUGCAUCAGGGGGCAGCAGGCACAGAGGCAAGCUGCAGAGGUGGAAGCGAGCACAAAGCCAGCCAGACAGUGAUCUUCCUGUGCCCAGCCAUGACCAGCAGCCAGCCCCAGUGGCCCACCUGGAUAGCAAAGUCACUGCUAAGAGGUCUGUCUUCCAGAGGGCUUUCUCUGCUCCUACCAAGAUGCCCAAGGCCCAAGAGAGCAGCAGUAAGCUGAGUCUGAGGAAGUAUCUGCGCUCCAUGUCCCAUCGGAAAAACCAGGAGGGUACACCCCGAUCUGAAAGGGAGACCAAGGAAGCAAGCAAAGGUGAGGAUUCUGCAGUCCAGUUGACUCAAUUGGCUCCAACUCCAGCUGUUGAGGCUCCUCUCUGGGAUAUAUCGAAUGUGUCUCUUCUAGAUCGACAACUAGUGCUCUUGAGCAGAGAUGAGGAGGGUCUGCUCCAGGGCCGGAAACGAACCAGCAGUUCUAUUUCAGAGACAAGCUUAUUGUACUCACUGGGCAACUGUGAAAUGUCCAUGGAAAGAAGAAGCUUCCCAGAGUCACAGGCCUCUGAAAAAAGACCCCUGCAAGAGGCAUCCUCUGGGCUGCAGCUCAGCAAUGUCAAGGGAAUGCUGUUAAGACGUAUCAGAGACCGGAAGGGGCGGACGCAGGCCAAGACCAAUUCCUCAGCUGGGCUCUCUGCUGAUGGCGACAGGGAGGCCCAGCCUGGCCCAGCUCUCAUCCUGGAUUUGGGCAAUGAGAAGGAUGUCUUGAUCCGCCCACUUCACAGCAGCCUUCUGGGAGAGCAGUACUGCUUUGAGGUGUUGAGUGCUGAGGGGCGCCGUUGCUUCAGUUGCGCAUCUGCUGCAGAGAGGACCCGUUGGAUGGAGGACUUGCGCCGAACUGCCCAGCCCAGCAAGGACAACAGUGAAUGGAUGGAACGUACACUGAGCCUUUGGGUAUAUGAAGCCCGGGACCUGCCUCCCAGGAAGCACUACCUCUGUGAGCUCCGUCUGGAUGGGGCCCUCUAUGCUCGCACCACCACGAAGCAUGUCAGCUCCACUGGAACCAUCUUCUGGGGCGAGCACUUUGACCUGAAGACUUUGCCACCCACUGCGGAACUGCAAGUUUGCCUGGUGCUGGAGGAAGAGGGGCAGCGGCACAAGGGCAGCACCCUGGCCAGCCCAGCCAUCCCCCUGAAGAAUAUGGCUGCUGCACGCCAGCCACUGGAGAAAUGGUACCCCCUGGGCAGGGACAGAUCCAGCUCACCCGCCAUCCGGCUACGAGGACGCUACUGCGACAUCUGUGUGCUGCCCAUUGUGCGGUACAAAGAGUUUGCCGAGUAUCUCACCUUCCACUAUCGGGAACUGUGCGCUGGAUUGGAGCACACCCUCACUGCCAGGGACAAGGAGGAGCUGACUGGGGUCCUGGUGCGUGUGUUGCACAGCACAGGCAAGGCCAAGGCCUUCCUCAUAGACUUGGGCAUAGCAGAGCUGGAUCGUUUUGAUGAACGGGAAGCACUGAUCUUCCGUGAGAACACACUUGCCACCAAGGCCAUUGAUGAGUAUAUGAAGCUGGUGGGAGGGCCAUACCUGCUGGCCACACUGAGUGACAUUAUAGCCCAAUAUUAUACAUUGGAGGACAACUGUGAAGUGGACCCCAGCAAGUGUGAAUCGUGUGACCUGGCUGACAAUCGCAGCAACCUGCAGCAGAUCUGUGAAGAAGUCUUUCAGAGGAUUGCUGUGUCUAGCCACUCCUUUCCUGCUGAGCUUAGUGAGGUCUUCACUGCCUGGCAGGAGGCAUGCCAGUUACGAGGCAAGGCAGACAUUGGCCCACGGCUCAUCUCUGCAUCCCUCUUUUUGCGCUUCCUGUGUCCAGCCAUCAUGUCACCCAGCCUCUUUGGCCUCACUCAGGAAUAUCCAGAUGACAACACCUCCCGUACCCUCACCCUGGUGGCCAAGGUUAUCCAGAACCUGGCAAACUUUACCACGUUUGGGGAGAAGGAGGCCUACAUGAGCUUCAUGAAUGCAUUUCUGGAGCGCAACUGGGACAUGAUGAAGUCAUUCCUUACUAGUGUCUCGAGCCCUGGCAGUGCCAUCCACAUGGCUGCCUGUGGUGACUCCAUUGACCUAGCCUUGGAGUUGUCCAUUCUGCAUUCCCUACUCUGCAACAUCUUCUCUACUCUGGACAAGCGGACACAAGAAAGAUUGGAGCCUCUACCCACCAUCCUCCGUGCCAUCCAGGAAGGGACACCAGUGCCUGUCUCUGUACCUCUUGGCCCCAACAGAGAGGAGAGGCAGACAGACCUGAAACCAGGAUUUGUGCCCCCACGGGAGCUGGGCAAACACAGCCCUCUGAUCAAGAGCCACUCUAUGACCAGCAUCCAAAAGGGCCGAGGCAAGGAGGAGCCACUGGUCCCUUUGCAGCCAGUCAAGCCCAGGAGCAAGGUGCAGCGUACCCAGAGUGUCCCAACCCAGAGCAAGGCAGCCAGGCGGCUGCAGAAGCAGAGCAGCACAGAGCAUGUGGCUGAGUGCCCUGGCAGCAGCCCUCAGCCUGGCACCUCCUACCCAUAUGGAAGUAGCAGCAACAAGACCUCUCAGGAGUGUUCAAAGCUCCACCCAUCUGCCUCACUGCCUCGGAAGCCUACAGUGCCUUGGCUGCGUCACACUGAGGAGGCUGCUGCAACGCAAAGGGUGCUGUAUGCCAUGCAGCCACUGGAACAGUAUGGGAAGCAAAUGGAAGUGCUGCAGACAGAGCUGGCUGCUGCCAGGGAGAAGCAGCAAGUCUUUGAAGAGCAGCUGGAGAAACUGACUGCCCAGAAUAAGAUGCUUCUAGAGGAACAGGGCAAGUUUCAAGAGAAGGAAGAGACCCUCUGCAAGAGGCUGGAGGAGACUGAGAGCUGCCUUGCACAGCUUAGCAGCAGGUUGUACAGUAUGGAGGGCAGCUGGAGAAAGGAUUGCGAGAAGCUUCAAGCCAGUGAGGAGAAGACCAAAUACUUGGAGCACCGCCUGUCUGGAAUGGAGAGGGACCACGACCAGCUUCUCCAGGCUGUCAGCCAGAUGCUGGGAUAUCGAGGAAGGCAACCCAAUGCACUGCAGCGACCACUCUCAGGGCCUGUCUGGGUAAACAGGGCUGAGAAUGGGGAUGAGACCUAGCCAGGAUCCCUUGCCACUCCAAGGGCCAAACAGAAAUGUGUGUUGCAAAUCCUGUGCAGAACUCUCCUCCUAGUCAGAACAAGAGCCACCUAUCUUGCAGGGGCCACAAGUGACUGAGUGUCCCUCUGCCUGCCCGCCCCAAGGAGGGUCCUUGUGUGCACAGCUCUGAGGGGUCCUUCAGCAGACAACCCCCACCAGGAACUCUGCCACUCCCAUGUGCCGCUUAAUCCCUACCUAAUUUCCAGUUUUGUGUGGCCAGCCCUGCCUGAGAGGGCAUCCCCCUCUCUCCUUCGCAGCAGAGCCACCCUGACCUUCCAUCUUCAAGGGCGACUUUGUAUUCUGCUUUAAAAUAAUGGUUUUUCCCUCAUACUA